AUGAGUUUGUCUAUGUAUCCAGGAAAUUUUACUACUACCAAUUCUCCAAUUGUUUUCAUGGGUUUGUGUGAAAAUACUACUAAGUUAAACAAAGUGAAGAGCAAUAUUGUAGUUUAUGAAGACAAGAAUGGAACUCUUCUUGGUGUUCAAAUUGAUAAUAUGGUUACAUCAAAAGUUGUUGCAGGUGUUUUCAUAUCAAAUCAUCCAAACAUACUAAAUUCAGACGAUAGAAUACCAUCUAUCAUUACAAAUCCAAGAAAUGGAGAAAUUGUAAAAUCUUAUAUAAAGAGUUAUAACUCGAAAAACUCUAGUACUAUAGCAAGUAUCUCUUUCAAGGCAACAGGUGUUGGUGUUAAACCAUCACCUAGGAUUUAUUUUUAUAGUUCAAGAGGGCCAUCAAAGAUUUGUCCGUAUGUGUUAAAACCAGACAUCACUGCUCCUGGUAGUAAUAUCUUAGCGUCAUGGCCCCCAAAUGUUUUUGUGGGUAUUUUUAAGGAUCGAGAACUCUUCAACAAGUUCAAUAUUGCGAGUGGAACAUCUAUGGCAUGUCCUCAUGUUGCUGGUGUAGGAGUACUUUUAAAAGGAGCACAUAAUGAUUGGAGUCUGGCGGCUAUUCGGUCGGCAAUUAUGACAACGUCGUACAUUUUGGAUAAUACUACGGAACACAUCAAAGAGAUUGACAUAAUUGAAUAUAGUAACAAAGUUUCAACUCCAUUAGUGUUGGGGGCCGGUCAUGUUGAUCCUAAUAGAGUGUUUGAUCCUGGUCUUGUUUAUGACAUUGGUGUUCAAGAUUACGUUAAUCUUCUUUGUGCACUUAACUAUUCACAAAAAAACAUUGCUGCCAUUACAAUAUCCGCUUUUAAUAAUUUCUCUAAACCUUCAUUGGAUCUCAACUACCCUUCUUUUAUUGCUUUCACCGAUAGUAAAAAUUCUUCUUCAAAAAUAAUACAACAGUUUUACAGAACAGUUAACAAUGUUGCUGAAGGACAAACAACUUAUGUUGCUAACAUUUCACCAAUUAAAGGGUUCAACAUAAGUGUUAUCCCAAAUAAGUUGGUGUUCAAUAAGAAGAAUGAGAAAAUAAGCUUCAAGUUGAAGAUUGAAGGCUCCAUAAUUACACAAAAUGAUGAAGUAGUUUUUGGGUACCUCACUUGGGAGGAUGGGAAGCAUGUGGUAAGAAGCCCUAUAGUGGCAACUACACCCAAUUUCGAUUUGUAG